AUGGAUCAAAGUCAAGUGUACGGAUUUGUUGCAACUCAACAUAAUGACACCUAUCCCGCGAUUGAUCCGCUAAAAUCUGAUCUCUCUGGGAAGAAUGUCUUGAUCACAGGUGGGUCUCGAGGCCUAGGCCGGGAAAUGGCCCUGUCAUACGCCAAAGCAGGCGCAUCUGGAAUUGCAGUCCUUGAUGUCCUGGAUUCAACUCAAGUCAAUAAGGAAAUCAUAGAGACUGCAACUGCAGCAGGACGCCCUCGGCCCAAGGUUGUCUGUCUGAAGACAGACAUUACGAAUUUGGCAUCUGUUGAAAGUGCCGCCGAAAGCAUAAAAUCAGAGUUGGGAAGCCUGGAUAUCUUGAUCAACAAUGCUGGCUACGGGUCACCGUAUGUGUCAGUGACCGAGUCCGACCCUGAGAAAUGGUGGCGCAACUUCGAAGUCAAUGUCAAAGGAGUAUAUCUCAUGGUGAAAUCGUUCUUGCCGCUUAUCUUGGAAAGUCAAGACAAAACAAUUGUUGUACUCUCUAGCAUAGGGGCACACCAUGUUGUGGCCGGAGGAUCAGGGUAUGAACCGACGAAACUCACUGUGUUGAAAUUCAACGAAUACCUGAUGGCUGAAUAUGGAUCUAAAGGCCUCUUGGUAUAUGCUAUCGCUCCUGGCGGUGUACUGACGGCGAUGUCUUCAGAUGCUUUCCCUUCGCAUCUUCAUCACCUCCUGGGGGACAAGCCUUGUUUGGUGGCAGAUACGCUUACCUUCUUGACGAAAGAGCGCAGAGACUGGUUGGCAUCAAGAUAUGUGGACUCCAAAUGGGAUAUGGAGGAGUUUUUAGCUAAGAAAGAGGCGAUCCUCAAAGACGAUCUCCUCAAAGUAAGGCUCCGGGUAUGA